CUCACUUUGAGCUCUGUGGCAGAGAGCUCAGAGAAUCUGGGAUCUGGCUGGUUAGCAGGGCUCUCAAGGCAGCAUCACAAGGCAGCAGACCUCCCAGCUGGCUGGUGAGCCAAGGAAAAUGUCUCCAGCCAGGGGACAGGGUGCUAGGAAUCAGGGCUACAGCCCCAUCUUCAGUUCAUGGAGUGCAAGAGUUUUCCAGGUGGAUCUGCAGGAAAGGCUUGGCCACGGGAGCGAGCGCUCAGCCAUCGCUGGGCGGGACGGGAAGCGCAGCCACGGAGGAGUGGGCUCCAGGCAGGACUGCCAGGGCUGGGGCAGGGUUUACCUUCCACCAAACUCCUCCUUCCACGGCGGCAGAGCUUCGCUGCCGGCUGUUCCUGCCUCUCUCCUGGGGGGCUCUCUCGCAGCCCAAGAUCUCCCCUGGCUUUGGUGCCCAGCAGCACGUUCUCCCAAAAUGAUGGAGAAUAAAGUCUUCCUGUCAUUCACGUUCUACAGCACAAUUCUGAUUUUAAAAAUGUAUGUCGUUGCCAUCAUUACGGGGCAAGUGAGACUCAGAAAGAAGGCAUUUGCAAACCCAGAGGACGCCCUGCGCAACGGAGGGCUGCAGUUCUGCCGCGAGGACCCUGACGUGGAGCGGUGCCGCAGGGCCCACCGCAAUGACAUGGAGAACAUCUUUCCCUUCCUCUUCCUCGGAGCCAUCUACUCCCUGCUGGAUCCCAGUCCCACAGUGGCCAGGAUCCACUUCCUCAUCUUCUGCGUGGGACGGAUCAUCCACACCAUUGCCUACCUCCUGCAGCUGAGGGCACCCACACGCUCCGUGGCCUACAGCGUGGCCCAGCUGCCCUGCUUCUCCAUGGCCCUGCAGAUCCUGCUGGCCACCAGCCCCUACUGGUAACAGCCAGAGAGACCCACCACCCAAACCCCUCAUCCUGACUCUGCUGGGCCCCCUGAGAGGGAGUGUGUGUGUGUGUGUGUGUGUGUGAGAUAUCACCAGGGAGGUCACCUGCACCCUGAGGAUGUUCAGUGCAGCCUUGAUGAAAUUCCACCGCCAUCGGAAUUUGUCAGAGGAAUCACCAGAGAGAAGGGACGUGCAGGAAGGGGAUGUGGAGGCAGGUUUCUCUCUCUCCUGCUGAUGGUGAGAAGUGGAAAGCACAUGGACUACCCCUCGAAGAAGGGGUCAUUGAGGGAAAGGUUUUCUGUGUUUGGAACUGUGACUGAGACCUUUUCCUCCUGGUCAUGAAUAUCCCAUGAAUCAGGCAGGGAAAAUCACGAGGGUCCCACAAAGUCUCUUAGCAGAUGUGGUUGGUAGCAGAGGUUAUAAAGCAGCCACCCAGCUCCUGCCCAGCCAUGUGCAUCUCUGGGAAUGUGAGUCCCUUCGGAUUUAGUCCCUUAGGUUCCUGCUCCACCAAGGAGGACGGGAGGCAGGUGCCUUCCAGGCAGCCUGACAGGGGCGUCCAAAUCUCAGGGGCGAAGCCAUUCAGUGCUCCCCGUGCCACCUCGUCUCACACCACAGCACACAGCUCCCUGCAGCAGGACCCUGGAGCUCCUGGCAGCUCCCAGCCAGCAGCAGCUGAGGCUUUUCCAUCUCAGCCUCACCACAGCAAGAUGCAGAGUGACAUGCCUGGAGAAGCCAGCAGGAAUCCUUUACCCUGGACACGCAGCCUGAACGCAUUUGCCGGACACAAAGUUCUGGGACUUCUGGAAUGUCUGAAAUGCUGGCACAAAAUGGGGUUUGCAGGCAGGGUUUUCUCCCAAAGGGUAGUCUAGUCCACAUGCCAUUAAUACCUGAAAAUGCCCCCAGGGCAUCAGACUGAGUUUCUCCCCCUGUUUGUAGCCUUUCUCUGGCCCGUUGCUAUUUGGGAAAUGUGCUGUGAUUGCCUUAGGGAAGUUUUCUUUCAGCUGUUUCCUGCUGUCCACUGCUGCCACGCCAUUCACAGCCCGGACCAGCUGGUGUUUGCAGAAAGCUCUGGAAAUGAGCAGAGGGGCUUUGAAGGGAGCACUGCUGCUCUGCAGUGUCA